CCUCCCCCUCUUCCUCUCACUCUUACAGUCCUUCCACCUUCCAUUCGUUGUUGAUGCUAGAGAGGGGAUGGAGAGACGGAGGGACCGCUACCGGCACAGUUAAGCUAGCAACGACCCAGCCUGGCUAGGAAACCCGAGAAAGAAGGGAGCAAACGGACCAGCUUGAGAAAGAAUGGAAACCGUUGAGCAGCUCGUCUCUUUCCACCACAUUCAGGUCCAGUUAAGCGGGGGUGCGCCUUGGGGGUUCACACUGAAAGGAGGGCUUGAACACGGGGAGCCACUCAUCAUCACUAAAAUUGAGGAUGGAGGGAAAGCUGCCCACUGCAAGAAGCUGAAAGUGGGCGAUGAACUCAUCAACAUAAAUGGAUCUGCACUCUAUGGCAGCAGACAGGAAGCCCUCAUACUCAUCAAGGGAUCCUACAGGAUACUGAAGCUCACAGUGAGGAGACGCAGCGUUCCUCUCAUCCGGCCUCAUUCCUGGCACCUGGCAAAGCUAUCAGAACUGCCCCUCCUUCCCCUUCCCCCUCCUCCAUCUCCUCCUCCACCCUACCUCUGCCCUGCAGACUCCCCUCCACUUCCCCCUCCCCCUCCGCCGCCACCACCACCUCCUCCGCCUCCAUCUGCCAUGCAGCUCCACCCCGGCUCUUACACGCUACCCUGGCAUACAACUGACAGCAGUGACUUGUCCAUGCAGUGGGCUCAGCUGCCCAGACCAUACUCCUCCACCGACAGAAGCAGCUCCCUGGGUUCCAUGGAAAGCUUGGACGCUCCAACACCUACUGCACAACCAUACUCAGACUCCCACAACUCACCCGUCGACUCCACCCUCUUUAAUAACAAGCGAGACUCUGCCUACAGCUCCUUCUCUGCCAGCUCAAACACAUCCGACUACGCCACCGUGCCGCUCAGGCCCGGUGAAGCUUGCUCCAUGGACAACCUCCUGCAGAGCCUCACUCCAGCUUGUCAGGUAUACCCCAGUGACUCCUCAGUGCUGGGGAGGUCGUCUGAUGAAGCACCAGAUGAGGCCCACCAGAUCAAACAGAAGUCCAGGUCACUGACCAGGCCGAGACCGAGGCCCAUCGAGAUAAAGGAGAGACCCUCGUCCUGCUGUUACGAGCAGGAGCAGAGGGGCGGAGACUUUGAGAUUGUAAGAAAUGGAGAAACUGGAGCAGGGAGGAAGAUUAACCCCCCUCAGCCCCCAACCAGGAAGGACAGUUUUAAGGCGACCCGUAGUCGUUGCACCUCUGCUCCGAUUGAAAACUCCAGUGUUUGUUAUUAUGAGGAAAAUAUGCCCUGUUUGAAUGUUGAAUCAGGAAUUAAAAACGGCUUUCCUGAGAAAGGCCAUGAAGAAACAGAAGACACAGACUUUAUCCAAAGACAAACGAAAGAAUUCAGACAUAUCAGGUGUGAUAGUAGUCCCAACAAAGUCUACGAAGCAGAGAGCACCUCAGAUUGCAAUUCAGAGCUUGCAGCAGCCUCCAAACUCCCCUCUACCUCCGUUCCCGCCUCCUUCUCUGCUGAAUCCUCCAUGGAAGUUCAAGGGCAGCCUCAUAUCACCCACUCCCAGACCAAGCAAUCCUCCACAGUGCUGCAUCGGCACAGCGCACCCGAAAAGCUUCUGGCUACACAGCUUCAGUUAUUGCAGUUCAACAGUAACAACUCUUCUGUGGAGCCUUACAACCAGUCAAACCCUUCUGAUCCAUCAUCGUCACCCUGCCCGACUCCAUCGGUUAAAUGGGAAGGCAGCCGAUGCUCAACCCCAGGAUCUGUGUUCUUAGAAGUAGAUGGGGAAGAUGGAAAUUCAAGUGAAAAGCUGGAAGGGACUGCCCAGUUUUCACCGGCUCAUCAUCACAUUCCUUGGGGUCGCUCAGUAAGCGUACCAGGUGAAGCCACUGGAUUGUCAGCCCAGGAGAGAUUAAGCUCCGACCAGAUUGUAGAGAGUGAAUUUCAGCCUCUUAGUGCUGCUUCCAGUGUGGAUACUUUACUUGAUGAGCAAACAGCAGUGGGCAAGGAAGGAAUGGCCAGCAAAAAGGAGGAAGGUGUCCACGGGGAGGAAAGUAAAAAGAAGUCGGACUCAUCCAGGAACCAUCGGCGAAAUCGUCGGCGCAGUGAACGAUUUGCCACCAACCUCCGCAAUGAGAUCCAGAGAAAAAAGGCUCAGCUUCAGCGUAGUCGUGGCCCAGGAGGAUUGCUCUGCAGUGGAGAAACCGUUCAGGAAGAGGAGAGUUCAGAUUUCUGUGAAGACAGUGCAGAAUCAGACCCGUCCGUCCAGAAAAAGGCUAUCAAAGUUGCAUUUGCCUCACCUGCAACCGUCUCUGAUUCCCAAACCUCAGAACAAGUUAAGACUUCAAACACCUCAAGUGAGUUGAACUGUGAAUUCACGCAGACUCACUCCACAACUUUCGUUCAGAACUCCAACCGAUCCAGGUCCGUUCAGAUCCUUGACCCUGGGGAGGCUAGUUUUGGUGUUGGCAUCAGAGUUGUGGAGGAGCCGGCUCCUGCUGGUAAGGCCCGCCGCUGGCGUUGGACCCCUGAGAAUAAACUCCAGCCAGAACCGGAUUCAGACCGACGGUUUGGGGUCUUGGGUGAGAGGGUGUUAGGGGUGAUGGGGUCACGUCAUGGAGUUUGUGCCUUUACCUCCUCAUCCACUUCCUCCUACAGCCGCUCCACCUCCUCUCGAUUGGAGGAGUCAGAUAUCCUUCCUUUUGCAGACAGAAUGAAGUUCUUCGAGGAGACGUCUAAAGGCAUUUCUGUAUCAAAUGUCUCAAAUAUGCCGAGUUACAGGCAGAAAAAACCCACCCGCCAUCUGGAGCACCAGUCAGGAGAGCUCGGUCCGCAUCAGGCCCAGAGGAGAUACUCCUACCAGGGUGGACUUCAGCAAGAGAUCAUCCAGCUUCCAAACACCAUGGAGGCCAGAAGGCAGUCUGUGAGCACCAUCAGAGAGAGGCAGAUAGAGAAGGAGAGGGAACAGGCAAGGGAAAGGGAGGAGAGGGAUGAGAGGUUAAGAAAGAGGGAAAGACAGCAGGAGAUGGAGAGGCAGGAGAGGGAAUCGGAGAGCGCCAGGCUGAGGGAGAUUCAGCAGGAGAGGGAACGUGAGGAGAGGGUGAGGCAGUGGGAGAGGGAAAGAGGAAGGGAGCUUGAAAGGGAAAAAGAGAUGGAGAGAGCCAGAGAGAAAGAGCAACUUGCAAAAGAAAGAGACAAGGAGCUUGAGAGAGAACGAGAGAAGGAAAGGGAGGAAACUUCUCAGUUUAAAUCGCAUCAGGAGUGUUACAGCAUCAAGGACAGAAACCACGAUGACCUCCAGCAGAAGCCUCAGACAUCUUCUUACUGUCAAACCCAGAGUCAAGUCCUGCGGUCGGCUUUUUAUCCGGUCAGCCCACCUUUCCAGCCACUGGUCAACCAACAACCUCUGCAUCAGGAACACCCUGCAAGGAGCUACACACCCACAGAGGCAUAUCACGCCCGGCAACAGGAAACAACAAAGCUCAGCAGGAACUACAGCCUGACGGAAAGAGAUUACUCAAGUUGGAGAAGGGAGUCCAGACCACCACAUAGCAUCAAUCAGCACCAGCACCCCCCCCACCAAGCUCAAUGGGACUCCAGACGGGGCGACAGCAGCAGCAACGGCCACAACGGAUACGCCUUCGCUCCUCCAACGGCUCCUCUUUUUCUCCGAGGACGAGCCAUGUCGGAAAACGACCUCCGCUUCGACAGCAGCUAUCGUUGGUCACCGUCGAUUUCCACGGCAACCAGCCAGACUCUGAGCGAAGUGGAGGAAGGGGCAAGCGGCAUCAUGGGAGGAGACAUGGCAAACACAGGCAGGAAAAACCGGAAGAAGAUGCCACCUCCACCAAGGCCGCCGCCUCCAAAGUGGGAGCAGUUCCACCGCCGACGAGCAUCCCACCACGCCCUCCUCUCCACUUCAUCUGCUGCUCCUCCUCUCUCCAUCCCUGCGUUCUUCAACGCCACGCAGCAACAUUUUUCAGCCCAUUCUUCCUCUUACGUCCCUCCACCUGACACAUCCAGGCAAAGAUCCUACAGUCUGCCUCCAGAGAGGCAGGAAGUGGCAGACAGCUGCCCGCGGUGCAGCUGCAACCAAACUCAGUCCCAGGAGCGCACAUUUUCCCUCACCCCAUCCACUCAGUUACAGGAGCACCCCUUCACCGUCGCUCCACCCAGUCCCAUGUUCUCCAGGAAAGCCUUCAGACCCGUGGCUCCGUCCCACCACGAGAGGGACGGCGACCUGAGGGCCGAAGUAACAUCUCUACCUCCAACACAGCCUCCAGCAGAGACCGCUGGGAGCAGUUCAUCUGUGAUGGACGUGAGACACAGUCCCAGUCAGGAUCGAGUAACGGUGAAACCUCACAAACCACAGCCCAGCGUGAGACCCGAAGCAGAGUGGGAGAGGGCUCCAUCUCCCAGAGCUAAUAGCCAUGCUCCAGCACCCCCUGUCUUAAAAAACGGGGGUGUUGACGGAGUUUAUUCUUCUGAAACCUACUUGAGUCAAAUCGACUACGAGCAGCAGCAGCUACGUAUGACCAGAGGCUUCCAGGUCGAAGACCAGCAGAAAAUCCCCGAACCAGGAACAGAAUCAGAGACCACUCUCAGCCCGAGCCCUGCGCAGAGCCUGGAGGCUGACCUGGAUGUUCCCAUGGAAACCGACAUCGAUGACUUCCAGGAUGAGGAGCUCCCGGCUGAGGACCUGCCGAUCACCAGCGAGCUUCCAUGCUUUGCGCUACCCGUCACCGUCCUGGAGACGGACAUCGACACACUGCCGGAUUCAGAGGUGUCGCCGUCAGGAAGAACGGCGGAGAGCAGCUCUUUGGAGGAGGAGCUGGAGGCUGAAGAGAGCAGCAGAGAGAGGCUGAGUCUGGAGGAGCUUUUCCCCCAGAACAGCGAAGGAGAGUCGGGCACGGAAAGCUGGAGAGGAGCCUUCCAGACAGUUGACCACAACACUGACAGCCUGGACAGGCGGUCUGGUGCGAGCUCCAGCUGUUCCUCCUAUUACAGCACCUCGGCCGCCAAGGCUCAGCUCCUGGCUCAGAUGAAGGACUUCACUGAAAGCCGAGACAGGGAUGAGGAUGACGAGCUGGGCUACAAGAAGCAGCUGAUGGAGAGCCUCCGCAAGAAGCUGGGAGUGUUGAGGGAGGCUCAGAGGGGCCUGCAGGAGGACAUCCGAGCCAACGCACAGCUGGGAGAGGAGGUGGAGAGCAUGGUGGUGUUGGUGUGUAAGCCCAACGAGGUGGACAAGUUCCGCAUGUUCAUCGGCGAUUUGGACAAGGUGGUCAGCCUGCUGCUGUCGCUGUCCGGGAGGCUGCUGAGAGUGGAGACCACGCUGGACACGCUGGACCCCGAGAGCGAGCACCACGAGAGGCUCCCUCUGCUGGAGAAGAAGCGCCAGCUCAUGAGGCAGCUGACUGAGGCUCAGGACCUGAAGGACCAUGUGGACCGCAGAGAGCAGGCCGUCAGCCGGGUGCUGGCCCGCUGCCUCUCUCCAGAGCAGCACAGAGACUACAGCCACUUUGUGAAGAUGAAGGCUGCCUUGCUGGUGGAGCAGAGGCAGCUGGAGGACAAGAUCCGGCUGGGAGAGGAGCAGCUGAGGGGGCUCAGGGAGAGCCUGGGACUGGGUCUGGGAAUGAGCAUGGGAAUGUCAAUGGGAUACGGACAUUACUGACAAAAAUAAAUAAAUGAAUUAAAGAUAUGAAGGAGAAACGGGACCUACUGUCACAUGCAGUCUGAGUCAAGUCCAAAACCUGCAAGAGAAGAAGGAAAACAAGAAGUAAACCAGUUAAAGACAUUGAUUUGCACAGUUGGACUUUUUGGGAAAAUUCACUUUCUUCACCGUUGUUUAAAAACACUAAACAGAAGCAGAUAAAAUUCCUGAUGCAGCAGUAAGAAUCCAGCCUGUUUCAUUACUGGAUGGAGUGACCGUUAAAUGUUUCAGAUGUAAAAAAAUGUCUUUUCAGGAGUUGCUGACAUUCAUGCAAACGUCCCAGAUGAUCUGAAGAUGUUCAGGUAGAAGGAAUGGACUCACGGUAAUGCAGGAAAAAAACCAUUUCUGAUUUAAGACGAGUUAAAUGACUUCCUGACUGAAAUAAAAGUAGAGAUCCACAUUGAGGGGUUUUGUUUAAACAACCCAAAUAAAGAAUAAAUUCAUAUUAGCUUCAGAGCUAAAACCUCAGAUGCUUCACAUUGUGCCUGGAACCUGUACCUUUGUACCGACACUCCAGGUUUUCUAGUCUAAACAGUGUCACGCUGUUCCAAAGACAUUUUUACGUGAUGACUGCGUCACUCGCGUAAAUUGCUUUUCUCCUCUAUUUAAAUCUCCUGGUUCAGAGAACCAUGGGAGGGUUUUUGGUGCUUCUCUUAACCACACUAAAACCAGCCUUAUUAACGGCUAAAUGUGCCAUUUCUUCUGCAAACAUCAACAUAAACUGUUUCAUCUUCCUGAGAUUCUGUCACUUUGUAUUCUUAUUACUGUAAUGUAUGUGUGGAAUUCAACACUGAUUCACUGUCUCAUGAUGACCAUUAUGUACAGAAGACACUUGUGUUUAUAAUGUUUACAGUGUGUUUGUAUAUAGUGGUUUUAGGUUUUGAAUUACUGGAACUGGUUGUACAAGUUAACUGAGGAGGCCUGGACGUUUACUGGAUAUGUUGACGGUGAAUUGACCCAGAGAAACGUUGGUUUGUGUUAAAGCCUCAAGUGAUGUUUUCUGCCAUUUCACUCCCCUUAAUUUUGUUUUAAGCUGCCCUGCACAUGUUACUUUGGGAAAUGUGAUCAUUUACUUUCAUGUAGAGGACUGGUCAUAAAGAUCUAAACCGCUCUGAGUUAAGAACCUAGUUUAUAAAGCUUGAAAGACCAACACAUUUCACAAAGGAAAGAGUUAAAGACACUAAACAAAACCCAAAAUGCAAUAAAAAAAACAGUCAGAAAGUACAUUUAAGAAUAUAAAUCUACUUCAAAGAAAGAGUAAAUCAGUAAACACUACGUUCAAACACCACAAUGAAGAAACAGCUGCAGAUGAUGUGAUGGAGGUUUCCAUCAUCCUCCAACACACCUGGUUGGGAUUCAGGUGUGAGGGUUUUUUUUUUCCUUUUUUUUGUACUUUAGAAAAUGGCAAUAAAAUAAACAUUUUAUAAAUGUUAUUCACUUUGUGAAAUGAGCUUUUUAAACCCUAAUGCCUUGUUGAGGAAAUGUGUGUAGUUGUGAGGGGCAUCCAUUGAGAUAAUUCUGGCUGUGAUUGUUCCUCAGCAUGAGAUUUGGGAGAGAUGUGUGUAUUUCACUGUUUUUUAUAUUUUUAAGUUUCAUCCACAUCCGGUGUGUUUUGACUGAGCUGUUUGUGUUACGUUGGUAUUGUUAACCACAAGAUUUGUACCAUAGGCUUCCAUUAUAACGACAUUUUUGAAUCUUUAAAUUAAAGUGAAAAAGUAA